GUUACGGCAUUAUCAAUUGUAACGUACAGGUUGUCUCCCUUUAUCUACGUUCCCCCAUUUGCAAGAAAGAAAAAGCGGUAGUGGUAAACAUUGGAAGAUAAAAUAUUCCAUGGCAACUAAAGUAGUAGCAAGUCAAGACUUGGAUGUAUUCAAGGAUGAGAAGGAUGGAGUUUAUAGAGAAGUGGGUAACCAAGCAGUCUGGUCUCUAUCCUCUUGUAAAGCAGGGUUUGGAGUUGAACAAUUAAGAGAUGACUCAUACGAUUCUUACUGGCAAUCUGAUGGUCCACAGCCUCACCUUGUAAACAUACAGUUCCGACGCAAGACCACCAUUCAUGAUGUUUGUAUAUACACUGAUUAUAAGGCAGAUGAGAGUUACACACCAAAUAGGGUAUCUAUAAGAGCGGGGACACAUUUUAACGAUCUUGUCGAGGUGGAGCAGAUAGAGUUAAGUGAACCUAUAGGCUGGAUAUCUGUACCACUGAAAGAUAUCAAUGGAAAAUCUAUCCGAACUUUUAUGAUACAAAUUGCCAUCUUAUCAAACCAUCAGAAUGGUAGAGACACUCAUGUACGGAGAAUCAAGAUAAGAGCACCUGUGCAAAAAUGUCCAAAAUUCACAAGUCUAGAAUUUAAUAUGAGAGCUAACUUAAGAUAGUAUUUGAAGAAAAACAUAUUGUGUUAAGUGAAAUGUGAACCUGAAUGGAAGAGCUGGCACAGGGUGAUAUACUUGACCUGCGCCCUGCUGAGUUUGUAGUCCAGACAUGGUUUGCUUUAAAUUUAGAAGUGUUCAUCAUGAUUUUGAUGUUUUUCAAAAUUAGAGCAAUAAAAUUGUGCAGGCAACAUGAUUAAGCCUGGCUGGAACAAAAAUAACCUCUCAGAGUCUAGUCAGACUGCAAAAUGUUCAUGGUGGCCUAGUGGCAUAAUUAAAUAGAUGAGUCAUUAUCAUAGCUUGCAAAAGUUAAGUUAAAAUAGCAGGGGAGACAACUGAUGUCAUGUCACAAAAAAAAACAGACUAUAGUAUUGAUUUAUGAAAUACCUGUUGAUUAUAUCUCUUUCCUUUGAUUUAUGUUAAAGUCAUGUCCUGAAUCAGAUUGAUGCUAUUUUGACUGUUUGUUACCAUAGAUUACGUAAUUUAAAGGAAAAUGAAGGUACAUUGUAUAUCUAAUGAAAUAUUUUUAUAAAGUUUAUUAACAGUAAAAUGAUAUUUCAAAAGAGUUGUAUCUCUGUUAUUUAACACAUAUAUAACACAAUAUUGUACAAAAACAAAAUAAAAUGUUUAGGAACAAAAUACUAUGUUGCUAUUUUAAGUAAGGUUUUAACCAUUUAGCAAUGAUUUUGUGCAUAGGCAAUGCACUUUAUGACAGUAUACUAAUUUGUAUCUUUCAAAAAUUUCAACAAUCAUUUUUUGAAGCAAAUAUAUAGCUUUAUUUAGUUUAAUAAAAUCAGUAUGAUUGAAGAUUUAUAGGUCAACGUUUUGAUUAUAGUAAAAAUCGUGUAACUAAGGUUUGUUUAUUGUUUAUGUUAUUUAAACAGUUAAAAUGACCAGGGAAUUUUUUAUUGGUAAAGAUGUUAUCAAAUUCAAUGGUAGUAAUUAUAAAUACAGAAUUUCUUAAUGUUGUAUGCUUAGAUUAGGAAGGAUAGGGUUGUUGGGUAGGGACAAUACAGAUUCUUUGUUAUAAUUCCAAAAAUAUUAUUCUAAGUAAACUUUAAGACUUCAAAAACAUUGUCAUUAUAUGUUAUAUAUGAAAAAUCAUCAGAAUAAUAAAUUAUAUAAAAUGAAGAAUA